GUGCGUUAUUAAAACAAAAAUGGAUAUAAAAAUAUUUAGUAUCUUGGCCGGUGUAAUUACAUUCGUGGCGUACGUACAGGGAGAUGCAGGAUCAUUUUUUGUUACUCCAUGCAAAGCAGAAGAUUCGAAAUGCUUAAAAGAAAACGUUUCAAAGGGUUUCCAGGCUUUCGCAAAGGGCAUUCCCGAACUGGGCGUAAAACCUCUAGAUCCAAUAUAUAUGAAAAGAAUCGACGCUAGCAGACAAGGACUGAAGUUGAUUGCUACUGAUGUUUAUGUUGCAGGAAUGAAAAAUUGCAUAGCAAAGAAGGCUUCACGAGACGUAGAAAAGGGAAAGCUGUUUGUGAAAUUCCAAUGCGAUGGUACACUGGAAGGGCAGUACGAAAUGGAUGGUCAAAUCUUGAUCCUGCCAAUUCGAGGCAAAGGGCCUGUGCACGUCGUACUUAGAAAACUUGUUAUAAACUUUGAAUGCGACUUGAGUGAAAAAGUUGGAAAGGACGGCAAAAAACACUGGGACAUGAAGAAAUGGACACACUCCUUCGAAUUAAAAGACAAAGUUGACUUAGUUUUCGAAAACCUGUUCGACGGAAACGAAGUCUUAGGCAAUGCUGCCCGCGAGCUGAUAUCGUCAAAUGGCAAAGAGGUAGUGUACGAAAUCGGUCCCCCGAUAAUAAAAGCGAUGAUGGACGAAUUUAUUUCUUCAACGCGAAUUUUCCUCGACAACGUCCCUAUCGAAAAUCUCGCCUUGGACGUUUAGAAUCAAAAGAUUUUCUACUUAUUCUUGUUGACUUUGGGUGGUUAUUAAUA